CCUCUGUUAAACUGAUAUUGUCUUGCUUCAACGACACACUGGUCUGUUCGCACUUCAGGCGCGGGACAGCAUGACUGGUGGACUCAAGGACGGCGAAACUGACGAGGGAUUUCUGCACUCGCAGUUCAUCAGGAAACAAGGGAACAUAUACAAACCAAAUAACAAAGAAAUGGAUAACGACAGUAUGAGCGGGAUGAAGACGAUGCAGGACGUCCACACGAAAGAGAUCGACCUGGUGAACCGGGACCCCAAGUACUUAAACGACGACGUUGUCAAGGUGGAGUUCGAGGAUGUGAUCGCGGAGCCUCCAGGGACAUACAGCUUCGACGGCGUGUGGAAGGCUAGCUUCACCACCUUCACGGUGACCAAGUACUGGUGCUACCGUCUCCUUACCGCCCUGGUGGGCAUCCCGCUGGCGCUGGUCUGGGGCAUCUUCUUCGCCAUCCUGUCCUUCAUCCACAUCUGGGCGGUGGUGCCGUGCGUCAAGAGCUAUCUGAUCGAGAUCCACUGUGUCAGCCGUGUUUACUCCAUCUGCAUCCACACCUUCUGCGAUCCUCUGUUUGAAGCCAUGGGCAAGUGCUUCAGCAGCGUCCGCAUCAGCACCACCAAGGGGGUGUAGAAAAGAGGGGGAAGAAGAGGAAAAUGAAUGGAGGAUGAGGGGAGGAUGGUGGGAAUGAGGUGAGGGCUGGAAACCAUAACAGAUUGUAAAGGGAGAGAAGACACCUGAAGAAACUGAAAGAAAAGAGAGGAAGCAACCUUUUUUGAUAAAAGAAGAGGUGAGACAUUUCUAGAGCUGUGGGCGGGAUGUUGGCGGUGAGGGGGCGGAGACAGAGAGUACCUUGCCCCGCCUCUCUUUCUCCGUCUCCCUCGAUGACUAUCGUUUCUCUCUCCAGUGCUGGUUUAACCAACAGGGGCACAUGAUUAUGUCAAGUCAUUCCUUGGGGUUUUUAUUUUGUUUUUGUUAGUGUUGUUUAUCAUUGCAGGAGCACCACCACGCUAGCCCCCCCCCCCCCCCCCCUCACUCCAUUAUUCCUAACAUUAUUCCGAAAUGUUGUGUGAUCCUCUCUCUGAUUAUAGCUUGUUGAAUGAAGGGUAUGAUUGAUUGAAUUAUUGAUUGAUUGAUUAGUUAGUUAAUUGAUUGAUACUCUCAUAUGAUGGAUGUUGGUGUUCUCUGCUGGGUUUGUGUUACUAUUUUUGGGAGGGUAAUGCUUUGGGUGCGGGGAAGGGAUAUCCCUGUGCCUGUCCCAUUGCGUUGUUUGGAGAGAGUUGACAAAUCCCACCUGACACAGCACAAAAUCCUAGAGCCAAAACCCUCUCAACACCCUUCUCUCAGUCCCACUACCCCCACCUGACCCCCUCACACACCCUCCACCCCGCUAUGCCUGCCAUGACUCCUAGUCUGAAACACUGAACCUGCCCUUGUUUCUGCAUUCACCAGCACCUCUACAAAGCCACCGAGCCAACCAACACACUGCUGUCAGUCUGCAUGCCCUGACAGACAGACAGGCAGACACACAGGUAUAAGACAACCACACAAUGACAUCAUAAUCACUCUCUCCAUCAACACUCUUGUUUUGUUCCAGCUCCAAUCCAAGCAAGAGAGAUGAAAUUCUAUGACAACAACGAAGUCUCCGAACGAAACAGCCUUCGUGGUAUAUACCAUUUUUCUAUGUGACAGAGAAUGUUUUUUUUAUGUUUGUCUUUGAAUCUCCAAAAAAUAUCACUUGAACUUUGUUUCAUUACAUUCACACCUAGGGAUCUUCUUUGAAACCGUUUGAGGUCUCUUCUCUGUAGAGGGAGGGUUGAACUUUCAAUGUCGAUGCACGUUUGCUGUAGCCGUAGCUAAAUAACCAUGCUUUUUCUACACUUCUUGAAGAUGAAGAACUUUCGUUUUGAGCUUUGUUUGCCCAACGUAUGCAACUUUUGAGAUGCGUUGUCUUUUUAUUUUUUUUACUCCACGAUGAGUUUUGAGAGUAUUCCCUGAUUGAAUAGUAUGGUCUGGUGUAGACUUCUGCUUAUUGACUGUCGACCACAGGAGGCUGCUGAGGCGAGGACAGCUCAUAAUGGCUGGAUGUGUUCGAUACCAUUUAAUCCGUUCCAGCUAUUACUAUGAGCCCGUCCUCCCUAAUUAAAGUGCCACCAGCCACCUGUGCUGUCGGCAGCUCCAACCAAGGACUAUCAGCUAAUACAGUCCCCUCGGGAAGUAUUCAGACCUCUUCACUUUUUCCACAUUUUGUUACAUUACAGCAUUAUUCUAAAAUUGAUUAAAUUAUUUUAAAAACCUCAUCAAU